GAAAACGGAGAAGAAAAGAAAAAGAUCACCUUCUUUCUUAGCUCCCGCUAUAUCCUCUCCUUCUCCGAUCAUCAACCCUAGCAUUCGAUUCCCCCAAAUCCAUCUUCGUUUCGGUGUUCUUGUAUUCUCAAUUGAGGUUUAUUGAUAUCUCCAUUGAUUUUUUUUUUGAGGAAUUUGAGUAGUUUGAGAGCGGAUUGUGGACGAUGGAGGAGGAGGAGACGGUGGAAAAGCUGAUGCAAGCCGUAGGGGAGAUCGCCGGGAUCUCCGACUACCGGAAUGCGUACAAGAGGCAGUUUUGCAACCUCUCCCGGCGGAUCAAGCUUCUCGCUCCCAUGUUUGAGGAGCUUAGCGAUAGUCAGGAACCGAUCCCCGAGGAGGAAGCUAAAACCCUAGUGAAGUUGAAGGAUGCGUUGGUUGCUGCAAAGGAGCUGCUCCGAUUGGGCAGCGAUGGCAGCAAGAUCUGCUUGGUCCUUGAGAGGGAAAAGAUAAUGAAACGUCUGCAGGAAAUAACUGAUCAACUGGAACAAGCUUUAAGUGAAAUUUCAUUCGAGAGGCUUGAUAUAUCGGAUGAAGUUAGAGAGCAGGUUGAACUUGUUCAUGCUCAGUUCAAAAGAGCAAAAGAGCGGAUUGACAUGCCUGAUACCGAGCUGUAUGGUGAUCUUUCAAUGGUUUGCAAUGGAAGCACUGAAGGCAAUAUAGACCCUGUGAUUCUACAAAGAUUGGCAGAGAAGUUACAGCUGACAACAAUAUCUGAACUCAGUCAAGAAUCAUUUGUUUUGCAUGAGAUGGCAGCUGCCAGCAGCAGUGCUGAUCCAGGAGAAAACACGAAAAAGAUGCUAGUGUUGCUGCAGCAAAUCAAGGAUUUCAUGCAGACCCAGAACCCUCAAAUGGGUGAUCCAGCAAUUUCUAAUGUGCCUGCUGAUGAGAAGCCCAAAACUCCUGUAAUUCCAGAGGAUUUUCGCUGUCCAAUUUCCCUUGAACUGAUGAAUGAUCCUGUCAUUGUGGCAACGGGACAGACAUACGAGCGUAGCUCCAUCGAGAAAUGGCUGGAUGCUGGACAUGAAACUUGCCCGAAGACACAGCAGAAGCUCGCAAAUACAUCUUUAACACCGAACUAUGUCCUCCGAAGCCUCAUUGCCCAAUGGUGCGAGAGCAAUGGCAUUGAGCCACCCAAGCGGCCCACUCGGCCUAGAAGCCCUUCAGCUUCAAGUGAAUGUACUAAAAUAGAUGCUCUUCUCCAAAAGCUAUCUUCCCCAAAUCCUGAUGACCAGCGAUCAGCUGCUGGUGAGCUACGCCUUCUUGCUAAGCGUAACACUGACAACCGUGUCUGCAUAGCUGAGGCUGGUGCUAUUCCCCUUCUUGUCAAUUUGCUCUAUAUGCAAGAUCCUCGAACCCAGGAGCAUGCAGUCACGGCUCUUUUAAACCUCUCAAUCUGUGAGGAGAACAAAGGGAGGAUAAUCUCCGCUGGUGCAGUGCCAGGAAUUGUUCAUGUACUGAGGAAGGGAUGUAUGGAGGCUCGAGAAAAUGCUGCUGCCACACUAUUCAGCCUAUCAGUGAUUGAUGAGCAUAAGGUAAUGAUUGGAACAUCAGGAGCUAUCCCAGCACUUGUGGCGUUACUGAGUGAAGGCAGCCAACGAGGAAAGAAGGAUGCAGCUACGGCACUGUUUAAUCUCUGCAUAUACCAGGGUAACAAGGGAAAGGCAGUCAGAGCUGGCGUCAUACCAACUCUGAUGAAACUCUUGAUGGAACCAGGAGGAGGUAUGGUGGAUGAAUCUCUGGCGAUACUAGCCAUAUUAUCCAGCCAUCCUGAUGGUAAGGCUGCAAUUGGUGCAGCUGAGGCAGUGCCUGUGCUUGUGGAGGUUAUCGGGAGUGGGUCUCCUCGAAAUAGAGAAAAUGCAGCUGCGGUCCUCGUGCACCUCUGCAGUGGUGAGCAGCAGCAUCAGUAUCUGGCAGAGGCACAAGAGCGAGGUAUCAUCAGUCCCUUGCGUGAUCUGGCUUCAAAUGGCACUGACCGGGGCAAGAGAAAGGCCACACAAUUGCUCGAUCGCAUUAACAGAUUUCUCGAACAACAGAAACACGCACAGUCUCAGCUUGAAUCACCCACACAACCAAAUUCUCAAGUGGAGCAACCGAGGCUCUGAUCUCCAUGCCACAUUCUCUACAAUUAGACGAUGUUUUUGGCAACCUAUCAUGUUUUCAAUUCAAGAGUGUGAUUAAUGAUACUCUGAUUGGAAGGUGAGGAACGGUGGAAGAUCACCUUGCCUUGCUGAAUGUGUUGUUGUAUCUUCAAAUGGGGGAGAGUAGAGAUUACACAAGGAUUCUGAUUACUAUUUAUCAUUAUCUAUUGCAACAUCCUCAAGUUUUAUGGAGGUAUGGUGA